AUGAUGAGUGAAAUUUAUUAAUUUGACAGCUUGCUUAUAUUUAUUUAUAUUCAUUUAUUAAUAUCCUUAAGUCUAAUUUACUCUUAUUAGCAUUAAUAAAUUUAUAUGGAAUUAAUAUAAAUCAAUUAAAAAAAAAAUCAAUUUUUUGAAAAGGCGAAAUUUAAAUUGCAGCAAAAUAGAAGAAACUAUAAUAGAAAAUUAGCAAAUUUUAUUUAGGUUUAACAAAUGAUCAUUUUCAUAGAAGCAGUUUUGAGAAUUACUCUGUUUGUAAUCUAAACUUUUUUUAUAUUUUAAUAAAAACUUAAGGUUUCGAUUCAAAAUAUUAAAGAUAAGCUUUAUAGGAAAUACAUUAAAAUUAUCUAUAAAAAUGAAAACAAGUGGAUGAAGGAUAAGCUUUAGCAAAUAAAAAAAUAGCCCUAUCAUUUAAUUUUAGUAAUGAAUGAAAAUGUGUAAUUGUAGCAUUUAAUCCAAAUAACUCAAUAUAUUUGCCAUACUUAAACAAAAUAUGUCACCUUCUAUGAUAUUAAAGGCGAUUUGGUUGAACAUAUUUCUAAAUUGCAUUCUGACAUACUUUCAAAAUAAUUUACUGAAACAUACAAUUCGAGGUCUAUCUAAAUUAAUUCCUUUGUUCCAGAUAAAAAGAAACUCUAAUAUGAAAUAAAAAACGAAGGGGAAUAGUUAUAUAUCUAAUUCAUAAACUGUAAGUCUAAUCAAUAAGAUUUUAUAAACUUAGUUAAAAAAGCAAUUACAAAAAAUGAAGAUAUUGUUUUAGAAAGAGAUUUAUUGAGUUACAGAUUGAUAAAUUAAAAUGAAGGAAAAGAUAGUACUUAACUUAAAAAAUAUUCUACUGCUUUACUUAUUUAAUUUGAUGUAAAUUUUAAUGGUUUAUUUGGUUUACCAUUCCAAUUCUUGAAAAGCUCAGAGAUGGUAUUUAACCAAAGCAUAUAAAACUUCGCUUGCACUAGAUUUAUUAAGUGCUAUGAAAUUUUUAAUAAAACAUAACAAAGAGAAGGAAAAUGA